AUGUCUGCCGUGCCCGAUCCGGAAAAGGGGUCCCACGCGGCCGACACCGCGACAACGACAAGCUCCGGCCAAGACUCGCCGCCACUCCGCCCUUUGAAGGGCGUCGAGUCUCGGCACAGCCACCGGAGCCGCUCCUUGUCCCACUCGUCCACCGACACUGACCCCCUCGAGCCUCUCUCUCACGCCCUUACCCCCGACCUCGAGACCGAGGCCGAGCAUGCUGCCCGGGAACCCAUUACGUACAUGCGCACCGGCACAAGUGUCGGCAGUACCGCCUCGCGCCCGCCUGAUUUUGAGGUCACCUUCGAGCCUGGGGACCCCGAGAACCCCAAGAACUGGCCGUUGUGGUACCGUGGCUGGACCAUCUUUGUUGUCUCGUUCUCUACCUGGGUCAUUGUCUUGUACAGCACCAGUUACACGGCGUCUAUUCCAGGCCUUGUGGAAGAGUAUCAUUCAACAACCGUCAUUGCGACGCUGGGUGUCACAACCUACCUCCUCGGUCUCGCUGCUGGCAGUCUGAUCGUUGCCCCCAUGAGUGAGCUUUACGGCCGUCAACCAGUCUACAUUGUUUGCUUCAUCAUCUCGUCGCUUCUCAUCAUCCCAUGCGGCCUGGCCAAGUCUUUGACCACGCUCAUUGUCGUCCGCUUCUUUGGCGCCCUCUUUGGUGCCGCCUUGGUAGCCAACAGCCCCGGAACUGUUGUCGACAUCGCCGAUGAGGAGUACCGCGCACUCGCCAUGUCCUUCUACAGCAUUGCACCACUGAACGGCCCCGUUACCGGACCCCUCAUCGGCGGCUUCGUCUACCAGUACCUAGGCUGGCGGUGGACUAACUGGGUCGUCCUCAUCAUCGCCGGCUUUGCCAUCUGCCUCAUGUUCACCCUCAAAGAGACAUACGCCCCGACCAUCCUGCAGCGCAAGGCCGCCCGCCUUCGCAAGGAGACCGACGACCCGCGCUGGUGGUGCCGUUACGACGAAAAGGUGUCCAAACUGCACCUCCUCAAGGUCAACCUCAGUCGCCCCUUUAUUUUCAGUUUCACCGAGCCUAUCCUGUGGUUCUUCAACAUUUGGAUCUCUUUGAUCUACGGCAUCCUCUACCUCUGCUUCGUCGCCUACCCGAUCGUCUUCUCCCAGCACCGCGGCUGGGGCCCGGGAAUCUCCGGUCUUGCCUUUAUCGGCAUCGGCAUCGGAACGAUCCUCGCCAUCGUAAGCGAGCCCAUCUUCCGCCGCAUCAUCAACUCCCACCCCAAGGACCCCGUCACCGGCCGCGUCCCGCCCGAGGCUACCGCGCGCGUCAUGACCAUCGGCGCCAUCCUCACCCCGAUCGGCCAGCUCGUCUUUGCCUGGACGAGUCUGCCGACCUCGAUCCACUGGGCCGUGCCCAUUGCCUUCGGUAUCCCCUUCGGUGCCGGUAACACCAUCUCCUUCAUCUACGGCUCCAACUACCUCGCGGGCGCGUACGGAAUCUACGCCGCGAGUGCUCUGGCAGGAAAUGCCGUCAUGAGAUCGCUCUUCGGCGGUACGCUGCCGCUCGCGGGACCGAGCAUGUACAGGGCGCUCACGCCGCAGUGGGCGGGCACGCUGUGCGGUCUGCUCGAAGUGGCGCUGAUUCCCAUCCCUCUCAUCUUUUGGAGAUACGGCGAGAGGAUCCGUUCCAAGAGCCGUAUCAUCCGCCAGAUGAGAGAGGACCAGGAGAAGAAUGAAAGUAAGCGGGCCAGGGCCCAGGCUAAGUUGGAGAGGAGGAAGGAGAGGGAGGCUGUCGCUGGUGGACACGGCGAGAAGACGGGGGUUUUUGAGAGGGACGAGCCAGCUGGACCGACUGAUAUCGAACAGACCACUGAUGUUGGUAAAGCUUGA